AUGCCAGCAAAGAGAGCAAAGAAAACUUCUUUCGAUGAGUGCAUUUUUAGCAGGGACGUCCUUCGCUCUGGAAAACUGUCUUCAAUACAGAAAGUCAUAUCUGCUCUUGAAGUUCGGCAAGAUGAAAUCUCACAUCGUUUGUCAGCUGACGAUCUUCGUAAUGUAGCCGGGAAAGAUAUUUUGUGGCAUUCAUCGUGUUACGAAACAUAUAUCAGGAAACAGAAUUUACGGUAUUAUGGAGUACAAUCCUCAAGCGAUGUUCAAGCAGAAUCUAAAGAGCGACGCAUGGUGUUUGAUUGGUCAAAGUGUCUUUUCUGCAAAAAUGCAACAAGAAAAAAGGACCGACAGCUAAUAAACACCGCCACCUUUGAAGCAUGCAACAGUAUAAAGGAAUCUGCAGAGGCAAGAGGAGACCAUAAACUGUUAGCCAUACUUCGGUCGGUUAGCUAUGAUCUUAUUGCAGCGGAGGGAAAAUACCACAAAGCGUGUCAUGCCUGCUAUAUCAGCAAGGUUAAUAUCAAGCGGAAACAGAACGUCGCUACAUCCACAAGAGAGGAAAGCACUUUUGAUCAAGCCUUCAAUCAGUUACUGAAGGUUAUAACCCCCGAAAUUGAGGAAGGAAAAGCCUACGACAUGAAUGUUUUGCUGGCAAUGUUCAAGAAGGAGCUGGAAAAGAUAGGAAUUGAUGCAGGUAGCUACACAAAGCAGAAGCUGAAAGCACGAUUGAUGGCUCAUUUUAAGGAACGUCUUGUUUUCCAUCAGUCACCUCAACAAUCCAGACCGGAAAUUGUUUUCAGAAGCUCCAUCUCCUUAAUUGAUAUCAUAAAUGCAGCGAGCACUUGUCCAUUACGUGACGAAACAAACUCUAUCAGCAUGGAUAAGCCAGAGUCAGAAACUUUCAGUUUCCUAGACAUCUACACUAUAGCUUCCAUUAUCAGGCGGAAGAUGCUGAGAUGUGAGGGCAUUAACAUCAACCCACUUGACAUCCGAGAUUUACACUUGGAUACUGCAAAAUCUCUUCUUCCCAAGAGCCUUUAUUGGCUUAUCAGGUGGAUUGUUACUGGAGAACAGUACAGCGACGACUCACCUCCUACUGCAAGGAGUACAACCGAUGAGCGGAAGAUUGUAAUGGCUGGGCAGGAUCUUAU